AUACAACGCCCACCUGCUUCUGUCUCUGGUGACAUGAGAACAGCAGGGAGAGAGAUACUAGCUGGAGGAGAGAAAAGAGGAGGUAGGAGGAGGGAGACGAUGUGCAGGGGAGGGGGUUUGUUCUGUAUAUGUGUAGAAGAGAGAGAGAGGGAGAGACUGGGGCGGUAGCUAGAGGAAGAGUCGCAGUAAAACAUCAGUAAGGCAGCCUUCUAUACACGACAUAUCCAGCAACACUGGAACAGAAGAGCAGACACAGAGCCAGAGGCCAACCUAAUCCAUGAAAGAAGCUAUGCCAGUCCUCUCUGCUGGAGCAGGGUUGCACGAGACGCUCGCCCUGCUGACCUCACAGCUGCGUCCAGAUGCCAAUCACAAAGAGGACAUGGUCUUUCUCAAGGAUGUCUUUAGCGAGAGGAGUCUCGGCUAUCUUAUGAAGAUCCAUGAGAAGUUGCGACAGUAUGAAAGGCAGAGCCCCACCCCUGUUCUCCACAGCGCCUCCACUCUAGCAGAGGAUGUGGCUGAGGAGUUACAAAGUGGCCCAAUGAGUGUUGAGGAAAAAGAGCUUCUGCAUCUGCUGACAUUACCUCAUCUCAAGGCAGUGUUGUCAGUUCAUGACACAGUGGCGCAGAAGAACUUUGACCCUGUGCUUCCUCCGCUGCCUGAUGACUUUGAGGAUGAGCUCGAUGAGGAUUCUGUCAAGAUUGUGCGCUUGGUCAAAAACAAAGAACCACUGGGAGCCACAAUUCGUCGGGAUGAUUCCACAGGGUCUGUGAUAAUAGCUCGUAUUAUGAAAGGAGGGGCUGCAGACAGAAGUGGUCUGGUGCAUGUAGGUGAUGAACUGAGAGAGGUCAAUGGUAUUUCUGUAAUGAACAAGAGGCCAGAUGAGAUCAGUCAAUUGCUGUCUCAGUCUCAAGGAUCUAUCACAUUGAAGAUCAUCCCAGCCAUCAAAGAGGAAGACAUGCUGAGAGAGAGCAAGGUCUAUAUGCGGGCGCUUUUUGACUACAUUCCAUUGGAGGACAAGGCCACGCCGUGUCAGGAGGCGGGGCUUCCGUUUAAACGAGGUGACAUCCUGCAGGUGGUCAGUCAGGAUGAUCAGACAUGGUGGCAGGCCAAGAGAGUGGGAGACAGUAAUCUGCGUGCAGGACUCGUCCCAUCCAAACUCUUUCAGGAGAGGCGAUUAGCCUACAGAAAUAAAAUGGGUACUCUUCCAAAUUCCAAAUCUCCAAAAAAGGCUGUCUAUGAUCAGGGAUGUGAUAAAGAGGACUGUGACUGUGAAGGCUAUUUCAAUGGACAGUACAUAGUCUCUUCAAAGUGUAAUGCAGUGGCACCCUCCUGUGGCCAGGUGUUUUCCUGGGAUUUUUAUUCAGCUGGUUUGCGGAGAAGUUUUCGUCUGAGUCGGAAGGACCGUCGUGGUUCUGCAGGAGAUGCCAAUGUUUCUGAACAGAAUGAAACGGAGUUUCUGACCUAUGAAGAAGUGACACGCUACCAGCAGAGGCCCAAUGAGAGGCCCCGAUUAGUAGUUCUCAUUGGUUCUCUGGGAGCAAGAAUCAACGAGCUGAAGCAGAAAGUGAUAGCAGAAAAUCAUCAUCGGUAUGCUGUGGCUGUGCCACACACCACACGGCCCAGAAAGAGUCAUGAAAAGGAGGGCGUAGAGUAUCACUUUGUGACCAAGCAGGGCUUUGAGGCUGAUGCCCAGAACAACAAAUUUAUAGAGUACGGGGAGUAUAAAGAGAAUCUGUAUGGGACCAGUAUAGAAGCCAUCCGCUCUGUUCAGGCCAAGAACAAGAUGUGUCUGGUGGAUGUACAGCCUGAGGCACUGAAGACCCUGCGGACAGCCGAGUUUAAACCUUAUGUCAUUUUUGUAAAACCACGAAUUCCGGAGUCUCGCAGACGUCGCAGUGCUGGCACCUCACCAGGAGGGGGCGAACACGGGCGAAUCACAGAGGAGGACCUGCAGGAAAUGCGUCUGUCGGCACAGCAGAUAGAUCAGCAGUACGGACACCUUGUAGAUCGGGUCCUGAUUAAAGAAGACACUGCCAGUGCCUGCGCAGAACUACGUAGCAUCUUGGAAAGACUGGAACGGGAGACCUUCUGGGUUCCUGUGAGCUGGGUUAAGGCUUAAGACCCCAUACUCCAUUCCAGACUGUUGACCCCCACUGAUAGCCUUGCGGUGCUGGGCUUAGUUUUCUGCACUGACCCUCCGGGGUGUGGAUUUUUUGAGCAUGGGUUUGGGUUUGAGGAGGUACAUUUGUAUAGAAAAACGAGACAAAGAAGCCACAUAAAUAUCUUAAAACAGAUUUUGUUUUGGGGCUGCGGGACAUGCAGGCACAUAAGCACUUGUCAUGAAUGAUUUAAUUUAUUUUUUAAUGACAUUGGGUAUUUAUUAUAUGGUUUUAUGUCGACGUGUGUGGCUCACUGUAGGUUAAAUUUAAAUAGACUGUUCAUGACAUGAAAGCAAUCAUCUAACUAUAACAAAACAACAUUGGUAUUAAAUGCCUAUGGAUUAAGGUUACCAUGGUAACAAUGAUGUCCUUCCUGAUCUCCUAAUCUGGAAAGGUGAAAAUGGGACUUUACAGGAUGGACCAUACAUUUGCAUAUCAAGCUGUAAUGCACGCUCAUAAAGAGACUUCCUAAGUGACUAUGACGCUGUUUGAAAUCACUUUGUUUUAAUUUAAUAAAGCUGUAGCAGCUUGUGUUGUCUACUUUGAUCAUAACAUCCAGGUUCUCUCUCUGCAGAGCAUGACUGAUCAGUGUUUAAUCCUACUUAAGAAAAUAGUAAAUUCCUGCUGUGCCAACAAACCGUUUCAAUGCACCUACUGUAGCUUUUCUUGACAGCGCAUCUCCUUGAGCUGUGGAGGGUUUGGAAAGAUCACGCCAAAGCACUUAAGCUGUACAAUAGCUAUGUAAAUAUGUUAAAACCUAGCUUUACGAAGCUUAGGUUCUUAUGUGUUGAUGAACUGAGACAGUGUUGAGGUGAGAGUAAUACCCAUGCCACUUAUUUUAAAACUAGACAAAAAAAUUAAACGGUUUAAAAUUAAAAUCUGGUUAAGCUCUGACAGUCCAACGUGUACAUAUUGCAUCAAGAGCUUGUGUUUAUCUUUUUCCAUUUACUGUAACAUUUACGAUUUUUUCUUACUCACCGCAUCAUACAAAUCCUCUCGAUCCUACCUCACCCUGGUUUUGACUGAAAUGUGUUGCCUUUGUUGUAAACUGCCAGUCUUCUGUGUCAAAUUAUAUUAAGUGAAUGUUAUGUUCUGGUUGCAAGUAAAAAACUAAAUCGGAGAAUCUUUGCGUGUAUUGAAUAUGCAGAAAUACACAGUACAUGACAAAUCCAACUAAAUCCAGAUUUCAGCACAUAUUUAUCUUUCAUUAUAGCCGUGUAUUCAGUGUGAGAUGGUAAGCAGUGCUGCAGGGUUUUCCAAAUGAUUCUGCUAUAGGCACUGCAUUGCACUAACAUCAUGAUUAUAUUGAAUGCUUUGCAAAUCUAAGACUGUUAUCCCAUUUUCAGACUAUUGUUUUUUGUUCUCCUAUUUCAUGCAAUAUUACUUUUAGAACUUCAUGACGGUGUGGGAGGCAAAUCCUGCCAAAUUUAAAUAAAAAAAUG